GGGUGGGUCAGGCAGGGGAAGAUGAGAUCAAAGAGCCAGUCUGUGUGUGUGUGUUUGUGUGUGAGAGACAUAGAGCCAAAUCGGUCCACUUCCCUCAUCCAAGCAGACAGUGAACCUGGAGAGGAAGGAGCAGCCCGUCUCCACACUAACUAUUAAAGAGUCCAACCUCUCCAACUAGAAACCUCUCAACAUCACACCUUCUCCUACCACUCCAGAGGCCCAUCCCAUCCCUUCUCCUACCACUCCAGAGGCCCAUCCCUUCUCCUACCACUCCAGAGGCCCAUCCCUUCUCCUACCACUCCAGAGGCCCAUCCCUUCUCCUACCACUCCAGAGGCCCAUCCCAUCCCUUCUCCUACCACUCCAGAGGCCCAUCCCUUCUCCUACCACUCCAGAGGCCCAUCCCAUCCCUUCUCCUACCACUCCAGAGGCCCAUCCCAUUCCUUCUCCUACCACUCCAGAGGCCCAUCCCAUUCCUUCUCCUACCACUCCAGAGGCCCAUCCCAUUCCUUCUCCUACCACUCCAGAGGCCCAUCCCAUCCCUUCUCCUACCACUCCAGAGGCCCAUCCCAUCCCUUCUCCUACCACUCCAGAGGCCCAUCCCAUCCCUUCUCCUACCACUCCAGAGGCCCAUCCCAUUCCUUCUCCUACCACUCCAGAGGCCCAUCCCAUUUCAUCCACAGUCCAGACUUCCACCAUCUAGUCGGGUUACCAGGUGCACGACCAGACUUUAAUCUCUAGAAUGAAAGUGGAAUUUUGCCAGACUUCCACCUGCCCAGGGUGACCUGUCCAUGACCUGUCCAGCUCUAUCUGCCCCGACAGACAGUACCCACUCCACCUGAGGCUCUGUUCCUCAUCCCCAACCCACCCCCCAAACCCCCCAGUCCCCGGUUCCUCAGCCCCAGCUCGAAGCAGGGGAGGAUGGGUGAUGGACCUGUGAGUCUCCCUGGUCUCUCUCCUUCCUUCUCUCCCAUCCUCUCAUGGAGCCUCCUGCUGACACCUCCACCUCCCCCUGGAACUCUUCCCAGUCCUCCCUCUCCGGACUUCCAGGUCCCUGGCUCCCCGCCUCGCUGCACCCCAAUGCCUCUAACGUGAGCCUUCCUGUGGGCACCGGCACCAGCGGAGCCCCCCUGUCCCUGACCCAGUCCCUGGCCCUGUGUGCCAUGCUUCUCAUGGACCUCUUAGCAGUUGUAGGCAACCUAGCAGUCAUGGCCGUCAUCACCAAGACGCCGCAGCUGAGGAAGUUCGCCUUCGUGUUCCACCUGUGUCUGGUUGACCUGCUGGCGGCUCUGAUUCUGAUGCCUCUGGGCAUGCUGUCGGACCGGGUCUUGGCGCACGAUGAGGCACUGUGCCGGAGCUACCUCUGUCUUAGCGUGGGGCUGAUCAGUGCCGCCAUCUUGUCUAUCUCUGCCAUCAACGUGGAGAGGUACUAUUAUAUAGUCCACCCCAUGCGCCAUGAGGUCAAGAUGACCGUGGGGGUGGUUGUGACGGUGCUGGUCGGGAUCUGGGUCAAAGCUAUUGUCAUGUCGGCUCUGCCGCUCCUGGGCUGGGUGCUCCAGGGGAGCCAGGGGGUAGGGGUCGGACUCGGAGGGGGACUAGGGGGUCCCAUGUUCCCGGGUCCUCCAAGCCAGAGACGUUGCUCCCUACACUGGACCGGAGGAGGAGGGACCACAUGGUUAAUCUUCAUGGUUUUCUUCACCUUUGUCUACUUCCUGUGUCCAGUACUGAUCAUCCUGGUUGUGUACUGUAACAUGUUUAAAGUAGCCAGGGUGGCAGCCAUGCAGCAUGGCCCCUUACCUACCUGGAUGGACACACCUGGGCCCCGCCCUCACCGCUCUGACUCCCUCAGCAGCCACUCCACCAUGGCUGCCAGCCUGGGAGGCCCCGGAGGUGGCCCUGGGGGUCCUCAACCCCGCACCCCCAGUCAGAGGACCUUCAACGGGGGUAAAGCCGCGGCAGUCCUGGUGGCAGUUGGAGGCCAGUUCCUAUGCUGCUGGCUACCUUACUUCUCCUUCCACCUGUACUCCGCCCUGGUCUCCACCUCCCCGGCCUCCCUGGCUUCGGCCCAGCUGGAGGAAGUCGUGACCUGGAUCGGUUACUUCUGCUUCACUUCCAACCCCUUCUUCUACGGCUGUCUGAACCGGCAGAUCCGCACGGAGCUGGGCCGAAGCCUGGCCUGUCUCUUUAAGUGGGCGGGGCCGGGCGACGGGGAUCAGCUGGCCAGCCGAGAGGCCUCCAUCGAGGAGAACUUCCUCCAGUUCCUCCAGGGGACAGGGUGCAAUCUGGAGCCCAGCGGAUCCCAGGCACACAGCAGGGCCAGCAGGCCAGAGGAGAAGGAGGAGGCGGGGGAGAGGGACCCUCUUCAAGAUGGACCUUGUCAGAAGAACACGCUGGUCCAGGAACACACGCCUGUUGACUUCCACAUCCCUGGACAGAUUAUCGAGGAGACCUCUGAGUUCUUGGAGCAGCAGCAUCUGACUCUGAACAAUGACAUCAACCUAGCGGACCACUGCUUCAGGGUAAACAGGACUGAGCUGUAGCAAACACCGGCCACUCAUGUGUACAGUAGGCCUUUAUUUGGGCCAGGCCUCAGAGGUGGAAACACUAAAUUCUUAGUCUGUAGGCCAAGCACCGGUGUAAAGUCCUAUGGUGGAAACGGCAGAUAGAUUACAUGUUAUUUAGAGUAUUCUAUUUGAUGCUAGGCUUGAUGGUGUUGUGUCCACAUUUGCUACAGUGUGAUUAUGGGACAUACGUGUACAUUGUAAGUAAGAGACAGUGCUUAUGAGCAAAAAGCUA